GCCAUCUCUGACGGACGGUGGAACAAGAAAUGGGACAGAGAAAGAUUGGAACUCCUUCCAGCAGCUUGGAGAAAAUUAACGUUGUGGUGAUGGGCAAAGAUGAUGUCGGAAAAUCUGCUAUGACGGUUCGCCUUCUCACUAAAAGAUUCAUCGGCGAAUAUGACAGCUCUCUUGAGUCAAUCUAUCGGCAUUACUUUAAGCUAGAAGAGAACUUCAUUGCAUUGGACAUCAUGGACACAGCCGGCAAGAAUACUGAAGAGAAGCUGAGUCAGUGCUCAUCCUUCGGAAACAUGUUUUUGUUGCUGUUCUCCAUCACCGACAGAUCAUCUCUAAAAGAAAUCCAUCGACUCGGUCAUUAUUUGAAGACAACGAAAACGAGCGGCGCGUACAGCAUUAGUGUUGUCGGAACAAAACGAGACUUGUCGGAAUACCGAAAGGUUUCCGAAGAUGAGGGGAGGACACUCGCCAAUGAGCUCGGAGGAACCUAUCACGAGAUCUCCAGCGCUGAAGGAUACGAAGAAACACUGAAACUGUUUCAAGAUGCGAUCAAAGUGCAUCUGCAGUCGCGGUACACCGAUCGAGACCGGCAAAAGAGGGGACUGGGGCUAAGGAAACUCAGGGAGGGCCUCCUUAUGCGAACCAAGUCACUUUACAGAAAACGAGGCCUGACCUUUUAGGUAGACCUACCGGGUGGUGACCACAGGCGCCUUUGA